CACAGCUCAAGUUCUUCACAGCCAACUCUCAACUCUCUUCACUACAAGCAUUCUUCAUCCAACAUCUGCCCAACAAUGGCCACCGUGUCAGCUUUAGGGGCUAGAAACCCAGUGGUGAUCUUCAGCAAAAGCGGUUGUUGCAUUUGCCACACCAUUAAGACACUGAUGUACAAUUUUGGUGCGAGUCCUGCUAUUUAUGAGCUUGAUGAACUUCCAAAUGGACGACAACUGGAGAAGGAGCUAAAAGCAUUAGGGCGUCAACCGACCGUGCCAGCCGUGUUCAUAGGCGGGGAGUUGGUUGGCGGUUCUAAUGAGGUCAUGAGCCUCCAUCUCCAGCGCAGGCUGGUCCAAUUGCUCAUACAGGCUGGUGCUAUAUUUGUUUAGUAUAAAAAUUAACGCUCGGGUUAGUGAGGAAAAAGUUUCAGAUACUCUCGUUACCCCCAAAAAAAUAAAUAAAUGAAUAAAUAAAAGUAAUGCCAAACUCUAAUAUUAACAUGCUAUGGCAAGUAUUAGAGUUCUAGUUGCUUUUGUAGUGAAUGAGAGAAUAUUUAGUAGCGAGAUAACUAGUUAUGAGUCUCUUUUGAUAUGAAAGUUUGGUGAGAGAACUUGUGUUUUAAGGUAUGUGUAUUUUUCUUUUGUUGUACUAAAUAAAGUCAUGCUUGGUUAUUA